AUGGGAUCGACCGGCGGCGAUCGGGCCAUCCUCCCGACCGUCCUGCUCUUCCGCCGGCCGGACGGGGCCUUCUCCGCCGCGCUGCGCGAGCGCUACCGCAUCCUCGACUUCCGCGCGUCCGGCGAGACCCUCCCGGCCUUCCUGGCGGCGGCCGCGGCGGAGCCGGAGCCCCCGCGCGCCGCGAUCGUCGUGGGCGGCGGCUCCGUGCUCGUCGACGUCUCGUUCCUCGACGCCCUACCAUCCCUCCGCUGCGUCGUCAGCACGGGCGCCGGCGUCGACCACAUCGACCUCGCCGAGUGCGCGCGCCGCGGCAUCGCCGUCGGCAACUCCGGGGAGGUCUACUCCACCGACGUCGCCGACUACGCCGUCGGCCUGCUGAUCGACGUGCUCCGGCAGGUGUCGGUGGCGGAGCGGUACGUGCGGCGUGGGUCCUGGCCGGUGCAGGGCGACUAUCCUCUCGGAUCCAAGCUUGGUGGCAAGCGUGUUGGCAUCAUCGGCUUGGGGAACAUUGGCUCACGGAUUGCAAAGAGACUUGAAGCUUUUGGCUGUGUCAUCCACUACAACUCCAGAAAACCAAAGGAUUCAGUCUCUUACAAGUACUUCCCAAAUGUCCACAAUCUUGCUGCUGAAUCCGAAGUUCUCAUUGUCGCGUGCGCGCUAACCAAGGCGACGUGGCACAUUGUGAACAAGGAUGUGCUGGAGGCCCUCGGAAAGGACGGUGUGAUCAUCAACGUUGGGCGAGGAGCACAUGUCGAUGAGGUGGAACUGCUCGUGGCCCUGAAGGAGGGAAAAAUCGCAGGCGCCGGCCUUGACGUCUACGAGCACGAACCCAAGGUGCCGGCCGAACUGUUCUCCAUGGACAAUGUGGUUCUUUCGGCCCACGCGGCGGUGUUUACGGAGGAGUCCAGGUCGGACCUGUGGGCAUACACCAUUGGCAAUCUUGAAGCCUUCUUCUCCGGUCAGCCAUUGCUCUCUCCAGUGCAUGCUGAUUCUCUAGGUUAGUGAGUGCAAGUCAGGUCACUCUGAAUCAGAUAUGUUGAAAGUUGGCUUGGAUUUCUAAUAUUGUUGCUACCACAUUGAAUUCUUGCACUCUUCUUGAGAGAACAUCUCAAUAGUAUAUAUCAUUAUCAUGGUUCAAGUUAUGUUCAU